AUGUCUGGACAUGGGAGGUCUGGCAUUGGGAAGUCUGGACAUGGGAGGUCUGGCACUGGAAGUCUGGACAUGGGAGGUCUGGUCAUAGGAAGUCUGGCAUUGGGAAGUCUGGACAUGGGAGGUCUGGCAAUGGGAGAUCUGGCCAUGGAAAGUCUGGUCAUGGGAGGUUUGGCAAUGGUAAGCCUGGCCAUGGGAAGUCUGGUCAUGGGAAAUCUGACAAUGGAAAACCAGGUAAUGGGAGGUCUGACCAUGGGAAGUCUGACAAUGGUAAGCCUGGCAAUGGGAGGUCUGGCCAUGGGAAGUCUGGACAUGGGAGGUCUGGCACUGGAAGUCUGGACAUGGGAGAUCUGGAAGUCUGGCAUUGGGAAGUCUGGACAUGGGAGGUCUGGCAAUGGUAAGCCUGGCCAUGGGAAGUCUGGUCAUGGGAAAUCUGACAAUGGAAAACCAGGUAAUGGGAGGUCUGACCAUGGGAAGUCUGACAAUGGUAAGCCUGGCAAUGGGAGGUCUGACCAUGGGAAGUCUGACAAUGGUAAGCCUGGCAAUGGGGGGUCUGACAAUGGUAAGCCUAGCAAUGGGAGGCCUGGCAUACGGAGGUCUGACCAUGGGAAGUCUGACAAUGGUAAGCCUGGCAAUGGGAGGUCUGGCCAUGGGAAGUCUAACAAUGGUAAUCCUGGCAAUGGGGGGUCUGACAAUGGUAAGCCUAGCAAUGGGAGGCCUGGCAAUGGGAGGUCUGACCAUGGGAAGCCUGACAAUGGUAAGCCUGGCAAUGGGAGGUCUGGCCAUGGGAAGUCUGACAAUGGGAGGCCUGGCACUGGUAAGCCUGGCAAUGGAAAACCGGGCAAUGGGAAGUCUGGUCAUGGGAAAUCUGACAAUGGAAAACCAGGCAAUGGGAAGUCUGGAAAUGAGAAGCCUGCUAUUUCACCAAACAUGGAAGGAUCUUAA